AUGAUUUCUUCCGCAGGUUUGAACUACCGGAAGCUCACUGAUGAGUCGUCUGACCCGUUGUUGAUCCUGCAACCGGUCCUGACCAGUCAGAACGUUCUGUCCAUCUCCAAACUCUCUAACCGGCUGCCCGCACUCGGUGGUGGGGGGGCGACAUUAUCCCCCAGUGCAGUCCACGCAGUGUGGCUGAAGAAGCUGUUUUGGAAAGGAGACCCCCAGCUGCUGAAGAGACCCCCACAGAGUAAUCAGGAAUACCUCCAUGCGUACGACACCUGCAGCAAAUACCUGGACAGGCUGGUCCCUGCAGACGCCGUCCACUUCCUGGACAGCAUCACCUUCUCACCUGAUGCAGCCGAACAUCUGAGCAUCCAGGCGAGGUCGGAGGUGAUAAAGCGAGCCACCAAAGCCCUGCGCCAGCUGGGCGAGAAGAGCAAGAAGAGAGUGGGCGAAGGCGGCGGGGAGCAGGGGGGGUUGGACGCAGCGGGGAUGACUUUUGAUGAGGCUCUAACACACCUGAAGCAAUCCACGGCACACCUGGACACCCUGAGCCAUGCCUUCAUUCUGUCCCUCAAAGACAGCCGGCAGCCUUACAGUCAACUUUAUGAUUUAUCCCGAUCCGAGAGGUCAAAAGUACAUGAGCUGGCAGUCACCAUGGCAACUGAUGGGAAGCCUCUGGAGUUCAUUGGAGAGCUUCUGCGUGUGGCUGUUGGACCCUUAAACCAGUCGGUGAAAACGGUGCUGCGUGACGCUGUGGAGAGAGUGGUGGCCGCACUCAGGUGGGUCAAAGAGAAAGAGGACGCACACACAGACCCAGAGUUCCAGCCCAUGAAAGACGAUGACUGUACUUUUGGGGAAUACAGUGACAAUGAGGACCAUAAACCGUUAAAAGGGAGCCGCACGCCGUCCAAUGGGACAGUUAAGAGAGACGACAGUGACGACAGUUUAGUUGACUACGGGGACGGAGGAGACGGGCAGUUCAACGAGGAUGGCUCGUUUAUCGGCCAGUAUAGUGGGAAGAGUGCCAGCAGGGAGAAUGCUGAGGGCCACGAGAGCUCGGAGGCCCCGUCCCCCAUUAAUGCCAUGAAUUCCUUAAACUCUUUUGUGUAGGCCGCUGUGAGGUGCCGCACUGACUGCUCAAUCCCUGCAUCUCUCUGAGAGGGGUUUCCCAACACCGCAUGGCUUUAUGAUCUCAGUCCCCAGUGCCACACAUGAAAUACACACCACAGCAAAGACUGUUUUUCCUUUGAAAUCUUUGUGGAGACCUGUGGCUCGAUAUACCUUACGCAUUAUUUAGGAAUGAAGUAGCUCAACCAGAUUUUUGAUUUUAACAGUGCAUGAAACAUCUGAUAAGACCUAAAUCCAUAUUUAAAUUAACACUUUGAUAUUAACAAGUGUUGCAUUCUUACCAGGAAUCUCUUAUGGACUAUGCAGUGCUCGUCUGAAUUAUAUUUGUUUUUGUUACUAUAUUAUAUACUAUGUUCAAAUAGUAAUCAGUGUCGACUAUUACUCCAUGUAUUUUUUUUUCCAAUACAAAAGCUUGUACAGGAACCUGUAUUUAAUAAUGUAAAUCCUUCAUGUCAUUCCAUCAGUGCACAAAGUAGAUCAUGUACAGUGUAAAUAUAUAUAAAGUGAACUAUCUUAAUAUUUGGAGCAUUGCACACAGCAUGCUUGGGAUACAUCCUCAUCUGUCACCACCUCACCUGCGAAGGAGGGGGCGCUGAAAUGCUGCAUGGCCUGUCACAUGACCUCAUGACCUUUGCCCUGCAUGUAACCUCUUGUUGAGCUUGAUCUGAAGGCCAGUGGGAAAUGCUGAGAGGGGGUGACAGCGUGCCUCAGUUCCUGCAACGCUCCUUCAGGAGGUAGUGCCUUUUUUUUUCAAAACAACCAUUCAAUCCUGAAGUCUCUGUCAAGAGUUCAGUCACUGGAACAGAGACAGUGGUAGGACUGCAGAAGUCACAUCCAAGGAAGGAUAAGAUAAGCUUAAGAGGACUGUGUGGAGGGAGGAAAAAUCCAUACACUGUUGUCGUUUUUUUUUUUUUUUAAAGACAUCCCAAUGCCUUGAGACACAGGAAUGGCUUUGAUUCCUCCAAGAAGUUAAGCACACUCAUAUAAGAUCAGACUAAAAUCAUAAUUAAAACCGUACCAGGUGCAUUUUCAAAGUGUGCAGUCAUUAUGUACAGAACCUGAUUGUAUUUCUGCUGUGUGUGUGUGUGUGUGUGUGUGUGUGUGUGGGAAUACAUCAAUCAAUUCCUAUUAGGCAACAAUUGUUCACUUGUACUAACUACACUUGAGGGCCUUUGGAACAGAUCAAGGUUUUUUCUUCUCUUAACUUGCAUCAAGUUUUUUCUUUUUUAAGUGUAGAAUAUUUGUUUAUUUUGUAAAUACUUUAAUUGAUUGUACAGGGACAAGCAGCUUAUAAGGCAGCCUAAGAGGCAAUAUUGUGCAUGAUAUGGUUUAACUUGUUGAUAGGAUUGUAUUAAAUAUAGAGUACUUGUAGAGAAUAUAUAUAUAUAUAUUCUUUUUUUUCUUUUCUUGCUGUGCACAGUGUACAUUGUAUUGUAACUAACUGGACAGAAAAUUGCAUAUACAUUUGAAUUUUUUGAUUGUUUUCGGUUUUGCUUGUCAGCGACUUAUAUGACUUUGGUAUUGUACAACAUGUAGGAUAUAGACAAUAUUAAUUGAAUUUUCUGAUUUGUAUUGGUUUUACGCAGUCCCAGGAAACUGCCAAAACGAUGCUCUUUUCUGACAGUAUUGCAAAUGGUUUUGUAUUUAAGAAACAGAUUUGUACUAACAGAUACUUUCUUUGUCUCUAUUUAAGUUUCUCCUUUUAGUGCAAGUAUGAAAUUCAAGCUACUGGAAAUAUAAAUAAUGAAUAAAAAAAAUAUAUCUGCUUUA